ACAGAUGAAAAUAUCCACAUUUUUUCAGAACAAGGCCGAAAAUCAAGUCCCAGUCCAAAGUAAACUCUUCACUAGUGUGGGCACAAGCAAAUCUCAAAAACAAACUUCUACUGCAGUUACCCAUGAUAAUGCAAACAGGAAAUGCAGCCAUAUUGCUUCUUUUUCAAUACAGAGGUCUACAAGUAUGUCUGCUUCAAAGAUGGAAUCUGUUACGGCACAAUCAGAUUCAAUAACGAAAUCUCUUAUUACGAAACAUACUGCAGUGUCCUGUAUAGUCAACAAUACAGAUGUUACCAUGGUGACAGAUUGUAAAGCAGAGCAGGAGUGUAUCCCAGAGACCCAGAUUGUCACUCCUGUGAAGCCCCGGUGUAAUCACUUUGACGGCAGUGAGAGCAGUCCAGAUAUUACUGCUAUUCCAGACACACCGGAGUCCCCACUGUCACACAGCAAGGAGAGGAAGACGUUCAGAAGCAACAGAAGCUUCUUGAGACCAGGCUUGCUGCUUGGCAUACGACCAGGAGCAAAGCAAGGACCAUCAAAAAUCAUUGAAAAGCCAAAGGGAAGCUUAAAAACAAGUCUAAGCCUGGUUUCGGUUCAGUUUAAUACAAAAAAAGACGGCUGUAUAGAUUUAACUGAACAAAUUGAAUGCAUACAGAGCCCAACAGCCAUAGAAAAGAAGAUGCAGGAAUGCUCUGCAGAUAUUGAAGGAAAUGAUGGAAGCAUAGAUAAAGAAGAUACCCCAACAAAGUGUUAUGGUUCUGUCAACACGCACACAAAGAGACUUGCAAAAAUGGGGUCUUCUCCUGUUGCCAAAAGAAUUUUGACUUUGGAGAAAAAUGAGUCAUCUUCUGCAAGCAGCUCUGGUCUUUUAUCAGUGCAUAAAACUGAAGUAGAAAAUGUAGAAAAAUCUAUGGUUAAACGAGUCCUAUCUUUAAUGGGUAAUAAUGUGGAUUCUCAGGUGGAAAUGUACAGUACUAAGCAGCGUGAUUAUCAGCUUGGAAUAACUAGAGCAAAGAAAAAUAAAUGUGCUGAAGAUUUUGAUGAAAAUGAUGAGUUGCUAUCUGAAAUACUGAAUGAAAUUGUAUCGAAACCUGUACCUCAAGUAAAGAAACAGAUAUCUAAUCUUACUUCAAGACCCCAAAUGAAAAUACCAAUAAAAAAAGUCAGUGCUGUGGAAAUGAAAUGUAGAAAUGACUCGCUACAUAAAUGUUUAGAUGUGGACCCAUUGACCGACGAUGAUUUGAUUUUGUUUAAAACUCUUGAUUUGUCUUUUGAUGAAAGCUUUGACACUGAGAUGGUACAUUCUUCCUAUGUGUCCUCGCCGAGUGUUAUUUUAGGUAAUCCCCAGUGUUGCUGCAUUAGUGCUCUGAAUGGACAAACUUGCAACAGAAGCCAUUGUAGAAAUAAAGAAAGUAUUAAACAGGGUGGACAAGUCAUUUUUGAAACUGGUGGUGUAAAUGUGUCUGAGAAACAUUUCGAUAAGAAGGAAGAGAAAUGUCCCUCACAAGACAGCAUGACUUAUGGUUUGUGUGCCUCUGAUACUGAAAUGCGAAACGAUGUCUCGGAAUUUCCACAGUGUUCUGCCUCACCAGAGUCUGGAGAUGAGAAAACAUCGAGGUUUUAUGCUUCAGACAUGGAAACAAAAACUGGGAUUGAUAGUUCGCAAAGUGAAUCAACAUCAUCUCAAAAACAUAAAAUGUCUAAUGUGUAUGUCUCUCAGUGUUCUGACAUUAAGGGUUCACGAGCAGAUGGUUGUUUGAUUGACAGCACGGAGGUCCCUCCCACAUCUUUGGUAUCCGGAGUUAGUGACAACCCUGAUAGACAUGCCUCAUCACCUGACAGCCAGUUACUUUGUGAUGAGUUUGACAGCUUCACCUCAUUUGAAAAUGAGACGUUAUUUUCUCAAAUGAGUGGUGUGAGACCUGCUGAUAGAUUUGGAAGAUACAAGGUUAUCAGAGUUGAGUAUGCAGGACAUGAUUUGGUCUUAGAGUUGCAGUCAGAUAUUAAUGGAGAAGAGAAGACUUGUAUUUUGCAGGAUUUUUGGGCAGACAGUCAUGUAAACGAAGGUAACAUCGUUCACAUCCUGGGUGAGUUUAAUGAGGAGAAAAAGUGUUACAUCAGUGACCGGUCCGGACUCAUCAUCAUUCAUCCCGAUACACUGCUGUCUGGUACAUCAGUAGUAUCAAGUAUCCACUGUAUGCGGAGAUCUGUAUUGAGUGAAAAAUUUAAGGGUUGUGAUGACAAGAAUAUACACAUGUUAUUUGGAAGCAUCAUCCACUGUUUGUUUCAGCAGGUUCUGAAGAACAAUGUGUCAUCUGAGACUGACAUCAUGAAACAGACGGCCUCUGUGAUGCAGCUGUCCAAGUUCCUGCAUGAAAUGUACAGUCAGAAUGUUUCGGAAGCUGUUGUACUUGAGGAAAUAAAGAAGUAUGUUCCGCCUCUGAUGAAAUGGUUGCGAAUGCACACAGCAUUAAACAGAGAAACGGCAGCAAAUAGUGUGAAUAAUGUGCAAGUUUGUAAAAUUCAAGAUAUUGAAGAAAAUAUUUGGUCUCCAAGAUAUGGAAUUAAAGGAAAAAUUGAUCUCACUGUUGAUGUAAAGAUUCAGAGGGAAAAGUCUCGGAUUGAGAAGAAAGUUAUUCCACUUGAGCUGAAGACUGGAAAAACAACAUACUCCAUUGAACACACGGGACAAGUGACUCUAUACUCCAUGAUGAGCUCCGAUCGCCGUGACGACCCGGAAGAAGGGUUGCUGUUGUACCUGAAGGAUCCUGACAUGAAGCUAAUUCCGGUGAAGCAGGACAACAAGAGAGGUCUUAUACAGUUGAGAAAUGAAAUAGCGUACUAUCUGAGUCAGCAGGUUGUUAGUUCGUCAUGUGAUGACCAUGUGACCUAUCAGUCUGUCCGUCUGCCACCACCAAUCAACAACUCGAGAAUGUGUGCCAGAUGUCCACAAGUUUUCAACUGUGCUGCCUAUCUAAAAACCCUUGAACAGUUGAAUCUUGACGAGAAGCAUGCCAUGUCCGGUCUUGUGAGUGUCACCUUGUCCCACCUGACGAGAGAACAUCUCGAGUACUUCACUCACUGGUGUCUGUGUCUCGAUCUCGAGGCUCGCGAUGGCCAGCAGACCAAGAUCAAAGAUAUUUGGUGUAAAUCCAGUAUUGAAAGGGAAUCUGACGGUGACUGUCUCAGUGGCAUGGUGAUAUUGAAGACCGAGGUGGGAAACAUAACAGACAGUCAGUUUUUUUCCGAAGGGACAAGCUGUCUCAUAACAUUCAAACGAUCGCAGGGAUAUAACAGUUUUUCAAAGACACCAGUGAACACAGUGGGCCUGUCAACAAAUGACAGCAUCGCAAUCAGCACAGACGAUGGACGUCUCCUGGUUCUCUGUACUGGAAUCAUUAGAAACAUGUCGGAAUAUACAGUUCAAGUUGUUGUAGACAGAGACAACUUCCACGUGGAUGAGGAACUGAGCGGCCAGGUGUUCCGACUGGACCGGUGCGACAACUUCAACACUCUCGGCUACCUCUACACCAACCUCUCCAAACUGAUGGCAGUCGACCAGCACAGAACUCGACUGCGAGAACUGAUCAUUGAUAAGAAGAAGCCAGAAUUCCAGCUAACAAUGUCAAAAGGAAUGAUAGAAAAAGUUAAAUCUGUGUUUAAGUCGUUGAACAAGCCACAAAAGACUGUCAUACUGAAGGUUUUAAUGAGUAAAGACUAUGUGCUUGUGAAAGGAUACCCUGGCACAGGUAAAACUUCAACGAUUGUUGCUCUUGUACGUAUACUCUACCUGCUGGGCCAGUCUGUUCUUUUGACCAGCUACACACACUCCGCUGUCGACAACAUUCUUCUCAAACUGAAAAAGGACAAUAUUCCAUUCCUUCGUCUCGGUCGACUAGGAAGAAUUCACAAAGCUAUUCACCCUUUUGCCGUGGAAACUCUCACUGCCAACAUAACCAGGGUGGCUGAUUUGAGAGAUUUCUAUGCAUCUCAGAAAAUAGUAGCUACCAGCUGUCUGGGAACAAACCAUUCCCUGUUCAGUCAGCGGAAGUUUGAUGUGUGUAUUGUUGACGAGGCGUCACAGGUCCUGCAGUCCGCCUGUCUCGGUCCGUUGUUCAGCUCCGAUAGAUUCGUCUUGGUUGGAGACCCUCAACAACUUCCUCCCAUAGUACAAAGCAGAGAGGCAAGAAACCUUGGGAUGUCUGAGAGUCUGUUUGUUCGGCUGGAUGACACGGGAGCCACCUUCGAUCUCAAUCUUCAGUACAGAAUGAACAAGACUAUUAUGCAGCUGACAAAUGAACUGGUUUAUGACGGAGCUCUCAAGUGUGGAAGUACAGAAGUUGCUGACAGUUUGGUGAAUUUCCCGCAUGUUGGACAACUUCAGAAGCAAGUGUUGUGGAUUCAGAAAGCACUGGCACCUGUUCUGGAGAGGUCUGCAGUUUUCUUGGACACUAAACAGGUUCCUGCCACGGAGAUAAAUGACAAGAAAGGUCUUAUUAGAAACGAGACAGAGGCUGCCCUGGUGAUUUGUCUUCUCAAAGCACUUCUGAUGGUUGGGAAAGAUGCAGAGAGCAUUGGGGUUAUUGCUCCGUACAGAAACCAGGUGAAGUUUCUCCAGCAGAGUCUACUCCAUGAGGAUCUGCCGGCGGUGGAAGUGAACACGGUUGAUCAGUACCAGGGCCGCGACAAGGAUGUCAUCAUCAUAUCCUUCGUUAGGAGUCAGAGUCAGGACUUCUCCAACAAGACUGGUGAACUGUUAAAGGAUUUACGAAGACUCAAUGUGUCGAUUACUCGAGCCAGACACAAACUGAUCCUGAUUGGUGAUCUCAGUACAUUGUGUCACUACCAGCCACUGGAAAAGCUGAUUAGCAUAAUGACAGCCAACCAGCAGAUCAUUCAGCUUCCUGAAGAUGCACAUUUACAACAUAGCAAAUAGUCUUGUGGAAUCCAUUCUGUGUUUGCAUUUGAAACAAAAUGGACUUUUUGAGCCGAUUCAGAUAAGCUGUUUGCAAUUUGUUGCUGCUUGUAAUGGUCACAUUGGGUGUUGAAGCUGCACUGAUGAUCAAAACAAUAAUUUGUUGCAAUAUGAAAUUUAUGUUCUUCCUGGAUGUAUUAUGAACCUGCAUAGUAUGGUGACUGAAAGUGAAAAACAGGUCUACCAUUUUCAUCAAAAUUGUAAAUACACAUAAUUGUACAUUUGACUAUUGUCAGGUCCAGCAUCAUCAAGUUGCAGUUAUAAACUGACUUCAAUAAUAAAUAAAAAUUAUAAUUACUGUAUAAUACUAUUUGUAAUUUAAGAAUGACCUAUCUCAGGCUCCAUUUUAUCAUGUCUACAAUUGUGAAAUAUAUAGGGAAUAUCUGGUUACUGUCUUAAAGUCACACGCCCUAGUUUCAGCCCGCGAAAAUUAAUUAUAAUUUUGGUUAAUCUACAAAACUGUAACACACUUAGAUCACGUUUUUAUAAAAUAGAGUGAAAAA